CUGCUUUGCUUUUUAAUUUCAUAGUUGCGUUUUCUUUGUUUUAUAUAUAUAUACGUAUACGUGAUGUUAGUUUAGUUUAGUUUUGUUAAUUGUUCGUGACUUUUUGCUACAGUGCAUUACUCCUUGUGUGUUUUUAAAUUUCCUGUAGAAGUAAAAUGUCUAGCACAGACACAGCAGACGAAAUUCAAAAUUAUGUUGAUUAUAGCCCAACUAAAAAAUGUUUAAAGAAAAAUCAUUUAAGUGUUGAGAUGAAAGAACUUAUUUUAAGUGCGAACUGGGAGAGCAUCCUGAUUCUUUCAAAGAAAAUAUUGUUCAAAGUGUUGCAAAAAAAGUUGGUAUAUUAUUAUGUCGUUCAUCUGUGUUCAAUGUUAUCAGAGAAUACAAACAAUCGCAUUCAUUUUCGAAACCGAAAACCAAUCAGAAUCGGAUGGACCUUAUUGAAACGCUGGGCGAAAUUGAAAAACAAGCAAUACGGAGGAAAGUUUGAACGAAAUACCGACUUUAGAUAAGGUUCUCAGGGUGGUAAACGAUGAUCCCGAUUUACUGAAUGUUUCAAGGUCAACCUUAUAUAAACUUUUGAAACAUUUAAAAUUUACAUGUAAAAAACGUGGGCGCAAUAGUAUCCUGCUAGAUAGGCCAGAAAUUGUCCGAUGGAGGAGAGAUUAUUUGGUAGCAAUAAAGGCAUACAGGAAUGAGAAACGUAAAAUAUACUAUUUAGACGAGACCUUGGUAAAUGCUGGUCAUACAACACCAAAAGCUUGGGUGGAUGAAAUUUUGACAUCGUCAAGAAGAGCACUUAUAGAUGGUCUUUCAACAGGGCUCAAAAAUCCUGCAGGAAAAGGAAAAAGGCUGAUCAUUUUCCAUAUUGGCAGUAUUGAUGGAUUCGCUAAUGACGCUUUUUGGAGUUUCGAAUCGAAAAAGACAGGCGAUUACCACGAGGAAAUGAAUGGGGAGUCAUUCGAACAAUGGUUUUCUAAAACUUUGCCCAUGCUUGAUGACAACAGCGUCAUAGUUUUAGAUAAUGCCCCAUAACACUCACGGAAGCUUGAAAAAGUCCCAACAAGUAAUUCAAGAAAAGCCGACAUUCAAAACUGGCUCCGUUUGAAGAAACUCGAGUUUGAUGAAACAAUGCUAAAAUAUCAGCUUUUAGAUAUUGUAAAACAACGCAUUAACAUAAGAAAAAAUGGAACUCAAGUACAUCCUUCUGGUACUCCUGAAAAUCCUUGUCUCGACAAAUUUGGUGCUUCAACAGGCCAAUUACGUUGAAGGAACAGCUUUAAUGGGAGGCCAUAAGGAUAAUAGGAAUUUAAGCGAAAUUGACGAUUCUCUGUAUGACGAAUAUGAAUAUUCUGACUCCAGUUAUGAGGAGACUUCAAAUGAUAAAUUGAACAAAACUGAACCAAAGAAAUUUGACUCUGAAGAAAUUCCAAACCCGUCUCCGCUGGUGUUACCAGGAUACAACCUUCCAGAAAAUAUAUUUAACCACGGCAAGCCAUUUUACGUAGAAAAGGAUCCGUUAACUGGAAAAAUUGACUUUAAUCACAAAACGCCCACCUUAAAGUCAAACGAGGAUAACUUGUAUGAUUAUGGAGACGAUAAUGCAAGCACAGAUGAUAUAUACGACAAGAAGAAUAUUGAUCGGAAAGAUGGUUCUAUCAGCUAUAGUGGUCAUAAGCACACGGACGUCAAUCAGCUGACUCCUAACUUUCAUGACUUCCUAAACCUUCCAGUAAAAUACAAUCCGGAAAAAUACGUUUAUCCGCUCAUUUCAAGUUCGUAUGCUAGCACGAAAAUCCAGGGCAGCGUCAACAAAUUUCAUAACCACAAAGACACAUUUGGGGUCCAUAAAACUACCACCACCAAAAAACCAUUAACAUACUUUACUACGCAAAGCUACUUUACCCCAAGAACUACGCAAAGGACCAUGGUAACCACUCCUGUAACUACCACUACAACAACUAAACCUACAACUGUCAAGAGGUAUCCUGAGUUAACUACAUCAACUCCUAUUAGUAUAAUACAUUCCAGCAUGGCUCACCCAAGCUUUAAUGAAGAAUACGAAUAUUAUGAUGAGACUACCCUUAGAAGCAUCACUUCAACUAAGAGAGCCGAAGAGCCAUCUACUCAGAACAUAAAAGAUGCCUAUUUGACCACCAAAGGCUCUAUCAAUACAGUUUCAACUCCCGCCACAACAACCAAAAGGGUCUUAAGCAUAUUUGAACAGCUGUUUGGCGAUUACGAUGACACAGUUCCAACCACGAUAGCCACUAAGCUCACCUCAAAAUCUCCAAAUUUAUUCUCAAAUAUACCCAUAGAAAAAACACAAUUUUCAACCAAACCCACUACUAAACUUGUUUCAUUCACCACUACCACAAAUAUUUACCCAAAUAUUCAUGCGGGCCCUCACCAAAACAACUUCGAACAAGAAAAUAGCUACGAGUAUAUGGACGAAGACUAUAGCCAAGAGAAACUGCACGAUAACAUAGCUGUUGAAAAUAAACCAGACCAUCUGUCUGUCGAACCAUUAAAAACCACGACAAAACCAGCCUCAACUAAUAAAACAUCAUACGUAAAUAAACCAAAAUUAGAGAAAAAACCUGCCAAUGAUAUAAUAAAAAAUAAACCAUUUAACGUUAAGCCUAGCUAUUACGAAGAAUAUUCCACUACACCUAAAUCAACUACCAUAAGUACCACCACGACAGCUACAAGACAACCAUCCCCAACGACGCAUAGACCGACUGUAACCACUUCUAGAGUUACCUCACUGCCUCUAGGUGAAAAUCACAUCAGCCCUACCUUAAACAAAGACCCUAUUAUUGUGGCCACCCAAAAUCUUAGAGAAAAACUAAAUAGUGAGAAAGUGCGCCCGGAAAAUCCAAACCAAGUAAUCGUUGAAUUACCUUCUCAAACUUUAAGACCCUUAGCGCCGAGCUCCAGCAAUAUUCUUAUUGCUCCUGGCCAAGAUACUGUUUCUUUUGUUGUGGGCCAUCAUCAAAGUGUAGGAGAUGGUGGACAGUUCGUCGGAACUGCUCUUAAAGAAAGUCCCUAUGAUAAUAAGCCAUUUAGACCUCUUUACAGUAAUACUGAGCCUCAACAAGGCAGUUCAGCACCAAAUCAAGAUUCUAUAAAACAACCGCAUCCAUAUCCAGAAGUAGGCGGUAGCGCUAUAUCAAUUCAAACAAUGGCAAACUCGGAAGCGUCUUUGGCAAUAGGUAUGCCAGUAAAUGGCAUUAAGCAAGUGCCAGGUCAAGUAAUGGAUGCCAGUCUGGAUAGCGAGGGACACAUUCAGUUUCCCAAGGGAGACGGGGGUAAGAUAGUAUUUCCUGAAAAUAAGAAACCACUUUUUUCAAAUAUGAUUCUUCCAAGACCUGAUCAGCCUACAACACUCCCAAAUAAAGAAGUGUUAAAACUGAAUUCUAAACCGAUGUAUCAUCAGCUACCAAGUGAUCUUACUCCUCCUAAAGAAAACGAUGCGAUACCUCUGAGAUAUGGGCCUUCUGAUAGACCUAUACGCCCUCCAUGGGAUCCACGUCCUGGACAUUUUUAUAGCGGCAAGCCAGAGUAUGUGAGACCUCCACGCCCUCCUCCAGAAAUUGCUUAUAAAAGGAUAGACCAUCUUCCAAAUAUUCUUCCUCAAUUUAGACCCAAUACUAAGCAUCACUAUUCAAUGGGUCCACCCUCUUAUCCCUAUGACCAAAGACUUAAUCGACAACCAUUGUUGGAACGACCCUCUAAUAGACCCAUAGGAUUCUUCGAAAAAGUCGGACCUCCUCCACAUCAAUCAGUUUACAAGAGAUACCCUCCUUUACCUCAAAAGAGUGUCAGAGGUGCCAUAUCUCAAAUGCCAAAGUUUGAGCCUCAUAGGCCUAUGUAUGAUAUUGAAGAGCGAAUACCUUUGGCAAAACAGCCUCCACAGAGCUUAGAAGAGUCUCAAAGCCCCAUGGCCGAAGAUAGAAUCAUGAAUGAACCUCCACGUGCUGAAGGUUUGACUGGAAAUAUCCAAGAACUAAAUAUGUAUCAGACGCCACCUAAUAUACCUAUAAGCAAUAGAAGGAACGAAGGUGGAAAAGAUGAAAUAGAAACUUUGCAAAUGAUUCAAGCGAAAAAGGAAAAGGACGAAGAUAAAACUGAGACUCAAGAAGAAAAGUUCCAGCCAGAUAAUGUGAAUAAAGAUAAUAGCACUGUUAAAAUUCUACCACAAGAUCCAGAUCCUGAAGAGAGUGCAGAUAAAUCCAUAUAUAAAGUUUAUCCAGUAAAUACUGUGCCAAUCGUAGACGUGAAUCAAAACGAACCCGUAACUAAUUUAAAUAAUUUUAACUAUCACUCGGAGAGAAAUGACGCUCCCGUAUUAAAACCUCAUCCUAGACCAGGAGCUUCCUUUGCAGUCAAAUCCGACUUCCCGUACCCACUAGAAAGACCUGAUUCCACAACUAACGAAGUCUUUCAUAAUUUUAAUAAUCAGUGGAACUCUGUUGGUGGUGAAAACUUAGAAUCUAGAAUAGUUUCUACUGGCAAAAAGCAUCACGUUUCCAAUCAAAUUUCUGCAACAUUAAAAACUUAUACAGAAAAACCGAUAGCGAUCGCUUAUACACCUACUGAGCCCCAUUUACAUCCCGAUAGAUACUCGAUGCCCAAUUAUGGAAGUCCAGUGAUUCCCGAGAUCCGUCCCGGUACAGUUGAAAACGCUGAUACUGGCUAUGGAGGAAAAGGUUCCGAGUUCACCGUUCAGGCUACAAUGCACACAAACCCUAAUUUUAAUGUACCACAAAGGGGCUCUUUUCAAGAACACACCCUUAAUCAUAGAAUAGAUAUGGAUAUGGAUACGGGUCCACUUCCGGCCCAGCAAGAUUUUCAAGCUCCUUUUCAAGCCAGCGUUAAACUGGACGCUGGAAUUAAUCAGGGAUGGUCAGUGGUACGAGACAAGAAUAGAACUGCCGCAGCAGAAGAAAUAGAAAGCACCACUUUACCACUCGCAACCACUAGUGAGUUUGAUAUUGAGAAUUUCCGGCCGCAGCUUAUUGGAGGGUUUAAGCCUCUUUAUUCUGUACCUGACGACAUGGGAAAGGAAGGAGAUAUCAGUGACAGGGAAGAAAAAGGACUUUAGGAAAUCUGUAUGUAAUUAAGUGAAAUGGACUUUAACUGAUAAUAAUGUAGUUGUAAUUAUGAUAUUAACCAUAAUGUACCGUCUGAACUGAAAGUUAACCUUAAAAUUAAAUUGUAAAUAUUACGCUUAGGUGAUAUGUUUAAGUUGGUGAUAGGUUAAUGGGGUUUUAAAAGGGCUCAAGUGACUUUCGGGAAAGUGGACAAUUUUUAUUUUGGCCCUCUAGAGUUACUUAAUUAUCAAUUAGGAAUUUAGAAACAAUUAUGUGCUGUGAACUGCUGGAAUAGACCAGGGGUGGUUCAAUAUUAGUUUCAGUUGACAGAAGACGUUCGUAGAAUGACGAGGUGCUUAAUUUUAACCACUCUGUAAAGAAAGUGUGUUUUUAAUUUGGGCUAUUUUUUUAUUUUUUAUUUCAAGUUUUAUCAGCCUCAUACUUUGUUUAUUUAUUUAUUUAUUUAUUUAUUGACUGUUUAGGGUUAGUUUGCAAAGAAAAUUUUAUUCUAUUUUCAAAUUUAAUAAAAGUUUUUUAAGAUGUA